AUGCACGCCUCAUUCAAAGCCCUCGCUCUCCUCGCCGCCGUCGCUUCGGCGUCCGCAACGAGCUUCAAGCUCAAGGCCCACGUCACGGCCAACGACCUCUCGCCGUCCAUCGAGGGCCAGGAGGGCGUUGCUGUGGCGAACGGCCAGCUCGCGUACGAGGGCGGCGUUUUCACCGUGUGCCCCGGCAGCGUUCUUCAGCAGGACACGGACGAGAACCUCGUGAGCUUCAAGUCUGCGGGCCAGCGCACGCUCUUCGGCUGCGCGGACGUCCAGCUCCAGGAGGCGUAG